ACCUUCCCAGUCACGAUCUCGAACCCAGGCCAAGGCCAUGGCACUCCACAGUGGCAGAGGCCAUUGUUCAUUUCCUUACCCCGACGAACUCCAGCGAGCUUCCAUCAUCGUCGACGAGAUGUAACUCCGGGAAGGCUUUCCUAGUUUUCACGCGAGAACCCGAGACUUGCAGGCCGUUUUCCGACCAACUGCGGCCACGACACAGCUCCAAAUUGGAGUGGAUGGACUCCCUAUAUUCAAAGGAACCGGGGGUACUGGAGAUGUUGGACCUUAUUAGUAAUCAGUCAUUUUGGUCCUCAUGCAUCUUGAUUAUUCGUCGAACAGAUCCUCUCUUGCGAGUUUUGAGAAUGGUUGGUAGUGAGAAGAGGCCUGCAAUGGGAUACGUGUAUGCUGGAAUGUAUCGAGCAAAAGAAACAAUUAAGAAAGAAGUCGUUAAGAGGGAGGAGUACAUGGUAUACUGGAAUAUCAUAGAUCAACGAUGGGAACAGCUGUGGCGUUCUCCUCUUCAUGCUGCAGGCUUCUACCUUAACCAAAAUAUUUACAGUAUCGAAGGAGAUAUCCAUGGUGAUAUUGUCUCGGGUACAUUUGACUGCAUCGAGAGAUUGGUUCCUGAUACAAAUGUCCAAGAUAAAAUCAUCAAAGAGCUAAAUUUGUACAGGAGUGCUGCUGGAGAUUUUUGGAGGAAGAUGGCAAUUAGGGCUAGAGACACUCUGCUUCCUGGCGAGGGACUAAUCUUUUCGAUUGUUUUGCUAUUUCUAAUUCGUGCAUGCUAAGUCGGAUAAAUAUUGUUGUUCCAAUUCAAGUGGUAUUUCGUAAUUUAUAAGCAUUUUUAUGUAUUAGAUCAACUCAAGCCUUCGAUUUUGUUUAAUCCCGGUAAAGAUGGAAGCUCUUUGUUCUUUUGGGUGUAUUUGGUGUAACUAUGACGCCGAAAUUACCUUUCUAGGAACAGAAACGGAACUUUCAUCGUUGUAUUCUGUUUUUUGUAUUUGAACCUGUUUGAACCCGAUUUUACACU